UAAGUGUGUCUAGAUUGGUGUCCUCUCAUCUGUGGGUUGGGUCACCAGCCUCUGACUCACCCACUACUGGCCAAAUGACAGGAAUUCUACACCACCCCCAAACUCUUUCCACUCUUGUGGUGGUUGCUGGGAAAGCCCUACCAAAGACAAGCGGAAGGUUCACGAAAGGAGAACCUAGAUAGGAGCCCAGACUUGAAACUUGUUUCUUAGGAGGCGCACUCAGCAUUCCUGACACCAGGCUGGGGGACAGCCACCUCUUCCCAGGGUCCUGUUUCUUUUGGACAGCCAUGGCUCCAAAACGAAAGUCUUCAGUGCAGACUGAGGCAUCCAAGAAGAGGUUGAAACAGGAGACAGGAGAGGAGGACAGCUUCCGGUCCACUGCCCAGGCUCUCAGAGCAGCUCCUGCAGAUAAGCGCAUCAUCCAGGUGGAUCCCAAAUGUCCACUCAGCCGUAACCCUGGAAUCCAGGUCCACGAGGAAUAUAACUGUACCCUGAACCAGACCAACAUUGGCAACAACAAUAAUAAGUUCUACAUCAUCCAGCUGCUGGAGGAGGGAGGCCGCUUCUUCUGCUGGAAUCGCUGGGGCCGGGUGGGAGAGGUGGGCCAGAGCAAGAUGAAUGACUUCGCCGGCCUGGAAGAUGCAAAGAAGGACUUUAUGAAGAAAUUCUGGGAGAAGACUAAGAACAAAUGGGAGGAGCGAGACCACUUUGUGGCCCAUCCCAACAAGUACACACUUAUAGAGACGCAGGGAGAAGGCGAGACCCAAGAGGCUGUAGUGAUGGUGGACGGAGGUCCUGUGAGGACUGUGGUUAAGCCCUGCUCCCUAGACCCCACCACUCAGAAGCUUAUCACCAACAUCUUCAGCGAAGAGAUGUUCAAGGACGCGAUGAGGCUCAUGGACCUGGAUGUGAAGAAGAUGCCCCUGGGAAAGUUGAGCAAGCAGCAGAUUGCACGGGGCUUUGAGGCCCUGGAAGCUCUAGAGGAGGCCAUAACACACCCCACAGGUGGUAGCCAGAGCCUAGAGGAACUGUCCUCCCACUUCUACACCGUCAUCCCACACAACUUCGGCCGCAGACGUCCUCUGCCCAUCAAUUCCCCUGAGAUUCUUCAGGCCAAGAAGGACAUGCUGCUGGUGCUAGCAGACAUCGAGCUGGCCCAGACCUUGCAGGCAGCCCCUGAGGAGGAUGAGAAAGCAGAAGAGGAGCCACACCAAUUGGACCGCUACUAUCAGCUCCUCAGGUGUCAGCUUCAUCUGCUGGACUCUGGGGCCCCCGAGUACAAGGCAAUACAGACCUAUCUGGAACAGACCAGCAACAGCUACAGAUGCCCAGCUCUGCAGCAUGUUUGGAAAGUAAACAGAGAAGGGGAGAGAGACAGGUUCCUGGCCCAUGCCGAACUGUGCAAUCGGAAGCUGCUGUGGCAUGGCACCAAUGUGGCUGUGGUGGCGGCCAUCCUCACCAGUGGGCUUCGAAUCAUGCCACACUCAGGUGGUCGUGUUGGCAAGGGUAUCUAUUUUGCCUCGGAGAACAGCAAGUCAGCUAGUUAUGUUACUCCCAUGUCCUGUGAGGGCAACCAGGUGGGCUACAUGUUCCUGAGCGAGGUGGCCCUCGGCAAAGAGCACCGCAUCACCACGGAUGAUCCCAGCUUGAAGAGUCCACCCCCUGGCUUUGACAGUGUCAUCGCCCAGGGCCAGACAGAGCCUGAUCCCAGCCAGAAUGUUGAACUAGAGCUGGAUGGGCAGAAGGUGGUGGUGCCUCAAGGCCGGCCUGUGCCGUGCCCAUCAUUCAAAAGCUCCAGCUUCAGCCAGAGCGAGUACCUCAUCUACAAGGAGAGUCAGUGUCGCCUGCGCUACCUGGUGGAGAUCCACCUCUGAGCUGCUGGCCCUUCCCAGGUCCUGCCAGGCGGGGCCACAGUCUUCACCUCUCCUCUCUGGCUCUCAUAUCACUCACUCCAUUUGCCUUCCAAGAAUAUAAUGCAUGCCAGGCACAGUGACGCUCACCUACUCAGGAGGAAGAGGCAAGAAAACACUUUACCAUUGGAUUUUGAGGCAAGCUGGGCUACAGAGGAAGAUAUGCCUUAAAGAAAAAAAAAAUUAAGCCAUGAGGAAAAUCCAAAUAAAGUGUUGAAGCAAGCAA